AUGGGUUCGAGUGUUUGGAUUGUGGUGUUUCUCACGUUGUCUCAGUAUAUGGCGGUGUGCAAACCAUUUGCAUAUGGCUUAAGAUCACGAAAAAUAUGUUAUGUACUAUUUGCACUGGCUUACAUGUUCAAUUUCUGCAUUUAUGCACCAUGGGCCGUCAAGAAAAAUGUUCACGAUAUCUCAGAACUUGUUCCAGAGAGUUUUCUGGUAUCCGUUUGUCCAUACGUCGUUUGUGACGCAAAACGACCGGAUUGGUUUGUGAUUUAUGAAACUGCUCGCGAACUCAUAUCCAGAAUAUUCCCCUUCUUCCUCGUCGCAUUUCUCAACAUCAAGAUUUUAAUUACUUAUAGAAAUACAAAACGGGAUAGAAUGGAAAGAUUGGCAAACUCUCAAAAGAAAUUCAUGUUUGAGAAAAGUGAAAAGGAAGAGAAGAGACUUUUCAUAUUGCUUUUUGCAAUUGUCAUAGUUUUCUUUGUGUGCACUAUUCCAGCAGCUCCGCUAACUAUUCUGGUAGCGGACACUAAGAACAACAAUGUUGGAUUCCAGAUCUUCCGAGCUGUGGUCAACUUGUUAGAAUUUACCAAGUUUGCCAUGAAUUUCUACUUUUACUGUCUUAUCAACCCUGAUAUCCGCAGUAUUUGUGCUCACGUCAUCACUUGCAAGAAAAUCACAAAACCAGCUAGAGUGAAGGGGCAACCAACAACACCCCUCUCUAUGUACACGAGAUCUACGAAAAAUUCCACUAUUCGAGAUGCUCAUAAAAACGGUGAAAAGCGAGGAACUGAUAGCGACUCGAAAAAAUUCGAAGACUCCAGAAAUAGUUCGCUGAAAUCUGGAAAAGAUUCCGUGCGCCGUGGUGUGCCUGCCGACACUCUCAUAGAAAAAUUGACUGUCAUCAAGGAAAAUGAGUCGGUCACCUCCGAAACUGGAGAUCACGUGUAA